AUGCUUCGUUUCCAGGGCGAUAGAGCUCCUCCAGCACUCUUGUCUCCGCUGUUCCCGUCUGAUCUGGCUCGAGCAAGCAGCCAUGAACCAGCCAUCGAGCACAGCGACUGGCCAUGCCGUGUGCUCCCUGGAACAAAUGAGGCACAGAGCCAGUCCGUUGUAAAACCAGACCCCAUCCUGUGCACAUUUGGUGAACCCCCUUUUGCAGCGCGGGAGGCCACGGCUGUUUCGCAGACACUAUUCCCCCCCGCCAGAGCGCUAGCCCUGCUGCUAAUUGGAAUAAAUAGUCCAGACAAGCAGAAGAAGCAAAAGGGACUCGGGUCUCUGUAUAAAAUUCGCGGGCGACAAAAGUCACGGGCGCUUUUCCUGUUUAGGCAGUCUGCGAUCCUCUUCUUGCUUCUUGUUUUUUUCAUUUUUUUUCCUUCCUCCCUGCUUGCUUGCUUGUUUAUUUUCUUCGUCUUCACCAGCUUCACCUCCAUCUUCUCUCCAUCAACUCUCCGUCUUCCUCUACGGCUUCGUCUGUUCUUCUCGACCGAUCUUCUCUGCUACGGACAGUUUACAACAGCAGCCACGAUGUUGUUCUCUUCUCUCGUCGUCCUCCCCGUUCUCGCGUCCACUGUGACUGCGCUCGGCUCGAACUACACUGUUCCUCCAGACUUCAACGCCGGAGCUAUUUCUCCCGAAGAGAAGGCCAACUGGUGCGAGGCCGAAGCCAACACCUGUAAUGACGUCUGCGGCUCCUACUUGAUCAACAGAUGCGACCCGGUAAAGCUCUACUCUCUGCUGUUUCUUUAUUUCUAUUCCAGAGUCAGCACUCUCGAGUUCUCCUGCCAGUGCCAGAACGGCACCGUCCCCCAGAUUGACCAGUACAAGAACUCUCUUCCUUGGUUCAUCUGCCAGGCCACCUUCAGCCAGUGCAUCAAGGCUCACCCCGACGACGCUGAUGGCCAGCAGGUCUGCAAGGACAACCAGGAGAAGUGCGGCAAGCUGGACGCUACUCCUCCCGGUGACUCUUCUACUACCUCGGCCAGCAGCGAGCCCACCGCCUCCUCUACCGGCAGUUCUCCAUCUGCUACCACCACUGGACCUGCACCCACUCACACCAAUGCUGCUGCCAUCAUGGCUGCUAAGGACUACUCCCUUGGCAUCUUCGCUACCGUUGUCUUGGGCGUCUUUGGUAUCCUGCUCUAG